AUGUUUUCAAUCAAGUCUCUCUACGCUGCUGUCAUGUUGAUCAUGCAGGUUGUCCUCACCGCGUUGAUCGCGGUCACUGUCUACAUCACUUGUAUCGUCAUUCAGUACCUCGUUAGCCGAGUUCUCAAUGGCGAUAAAGACACCAAGGUCGACGCCGUCUCUUCAUCAUCCGAGUCGCUGGCCGACUCCACCACCAUCGCCGCCUCAUCCUCGCUUGAUACCCCUAUCUCGGCGACCGCGCAGGACGCGGCGCCCACCAAGCGAACCAAGGCCAAACAGCCGCGCACAACCCCCACCCCUCAGCCCAGACAGUCCCACAUCACGUCGGGCGAGAUGCUGGUCACCUACUACCGCCGGCCCAACCUCUUCCGCGCAUCGACCUACACCAGCCUGUACGGCUCGAUGGUCGCCUCCAUGCGCAUGAACCGCACUCCCUCCAUCGAGUCCGAGUAUUCCGUGUUAUACAUCCCCUCGACCGCAUCCACCACGUCCUCUUCAUCCGCCCCGUCCACCUCUGCGCCGUCCGCUUCAUCCACCUCAUCCACCCGCCCGCAGAGGCCCAAGGGCCCCACCCGCCGCCACGCCUUCUUCCGCCUCCCCACCUCCUGCAGGAUCACGCGCAAGUCCGUCGCCGCCGCCCUGCAGCGCCCCAAGACCCUCUUCCGCCGCCCCGCCUUCCUCCGCCUUCCGACCCAGUUCAGACUCUCGCGCAAGUCAAAGGCGGAGAGCGCAGCGCCGCGGCCCACACCCACACGUGGCCUCGCGACCUGCGAGGUCCCCACCAUGCAGAGCCUCGAACUCUCCCUCAUCCCCCGCCCUGCGGUCAUCGAGCGCAUGUCCGCCCCUGUCUCGGUGCCCGAGCCCAGAACAGUCCAGAGGCCGACGCUCGCGCGCCGCCUCGCGUUCCGGGACACCUCCAGGGCGCAGCUCAUCGACUGCCUCAUCCGCCUUGACGUCCGCCUCCCCCGCUCGGUGCUCGAGCACUCUGCGACGGCACAGCGGCCCAAGCUCGUGCGCCGCGACGCGGGUUCCCUACUCACAAAGUCGAUGAUGACCGUCGCGAUCAAGCGCCCCACCACUCUCGUGCGCCGCGACGCGAUCCGCUGCCUCCCGUUGGCGGUAACCACUCCUUCCGCACCGCACACCGCUAUCAUCCGCCGCGACGCGCGCCCCUGCCUCCCGACAGGGCUGAAGACGACUCUGGCACAGAGGCCCACCAUCGUCCGCCGCGACGCUUGCCACGACCUCCUGACAGCGCUGAAAUUGACUCUGUCGCAGCGGCCUGUCAUCAUCCGCCGCGACGCGUGCCUUUACCUUCCUGCAGCGCCGAAGUCUGCCCCGGCACAGAGACCGCAGACGCUCAUACGCCGCCAUGCGCACCGCAUCCUUCCUGCCUGUGCGCGCACCCCUUCCCCCUGA